GUUCCCCAGAGCGGCCCCCCCCACCGGUCGUGCCCCUGUCGUCCCAUUCCAGGUUUAUUGCUGCCGUCCAUGAUCCCUCAAUCCCCUUCAGGCGUUUCAUCGUGCGAAGAUAUGAGAUUGAGGUGUGCUGCCCGCAGUUGAUCAGAUCAUGGACGCCCGCCGUUCAAAGCUCCACCUCUACUCCCUCCCGAAUGAAGUCCUUGUCCAGAUUUUGUCCUCCUUCUCAACACUCUCCCUCCUCCCUUGGGCCGCCGUCUCUCACCGCUUCCACGCCCUCAUCCUUCGGAUCCUGCACUAUCGCCUCCUCAUCGGUGCCUCGCUGCGGGAAUACAAACUGAUCCUAGAAUGCUUCCACCCCAGCUCCAAGCUGAUCGAACCCCAUGUCUUUUGCACGCACCUCGGCACAGACGGCUUGAGCAACCUAUACGACGGGAAGAGCUCGGUUCGUGAAGAUGCAGACCCGGCGCAGAAGCUGGGUAGACUGGGUUCGAUAUAUUCGAGAUUUCGCCCCGAGGUGACCGUGGAAGAACGAUCCAAUGGCGCGAGGCUGGUACCUUUAACAGAUGAGGACGAAUCUAUGCAUCAUAAUAAUAAUAAUAAUAAUCUGGUCGUCAGGCGCCCGAUAAAUCUGGAGGGAUUUGAAGACUUCUCUCAACUAUGCGUUGUCGUGAAUAUCGUGAAGGUCAUGCCAGGCACAAAUCUGCUUCUGAGCGCACAUACAGUCGAGGACGGGGUCAUCAGGGUAUUCCGCGAUUGGCUGAGGGACGAAGAGAAGCGUCUCCGGGAAUUCAACCCAGAGGGUGCGGGCACUUCGCAGAUGCUCUGGGUUGAUUCGAGAAAGACCGCCGGAAUCAAAGUACGGGUCCGGGGAAAGAAGUUCCUGGACCAGCGGAUCCCCAUUCUCGUUCAUCGCGACGAGGAACAAUUCACGAGUUAUGAACUGGAUAUUGAAGAGUUGCACAUACGCGCGAUCGAUUUGCUAUUAACUUUAGAGAAGUCUUUAGAGGAACAGCAAAAUUAUUACAAGACUGUCGUAUUUACCCGGAGUAUUGAAUAGAACUUAAAACUACACUGCCCUGC